AUGGCUCAAAGGAAAUCCAAAUCUUCCGGUGGUGCUUUCAAAUCCUCUCCCACCACCAAGAGAGCACCCAAGGUCCUCACAAACAAGAAGAAAAAGAAUAACAAAGCAGACAGGAGCGGCGCAGAGUACAAAGGAUCUCCUGUCCGCCAUAUGGAUUUGCAGCCGUGGGACGUUUUGCUAGGCCGUGGCGGCUAUAUAUAUAUGGCAAAAGGGAACGCCAAGCUGAAAGAAGUCGUGGCGGAGAAUCAACACCAAUUCAAUCUCCUUGAUGACCGAGGAAGCAAAAAGGGGAAGACCAAUCUCUCGGCGCAGAUAGUUGUGUACAUGGUGCGCCGGGGGGCGAGGUUCCUCCGGCGAGGUAAACGCGGCGAGUGGGAGGACGUUACAGCGCACCCCACCCUUGCAAGAUCCAAGAUCUCCACGCUGUUUCGCGCAGGCAAAAGCAAGAAAGCAGAAAGCAAGAAAGCAGACGCACCCGGCUGCUCAGGCGCACCCGGAAGCACUCGCUCUGAUCCCAGCAGGGACAAGCCCGCCGCUUGCCGCAAGGAAGACAUGGAUCCAGACAAAGAGGAGCCACCCAAAAGUCCGCCAAGCCCAACUCAAAGCGUGAGGGCUUCUACGCCCCCAACCCCCACGGCGCGAGCUUUUUGGUACGGCCCUUUGAGCCCACGCACCGUGAUUGUCCCCGGUUACCCACCCAUAGGUAUGCCAGUACCAAUGCUUGUACCAAUGGCCCCACCGAUGCUUGCGCCAGCUCAAAACCGCCCGCCCUGGUCGGAGAUCAACGUCGCCGUAGCUGGCGGUACAGUGCUAGCGCCGCGUUGUGGCCCUUAUUACCUUCAGAUGCGAUCACCCCAGGGCUCUGUGGACUUAACCCAAGCGACGGGCGAGUGCAAUCAGACGGCAACUGGCGCGAAGCCACGGCACUUUGCGAGGAAGACCGACGUAUGUGAUCGUCUUGGCUUGGACUUAGACGCCCGAAAAGAGAUGACAGGCGAUCCUCCCGAGGAUCCUUCCGAGGAUCCUUCCGAGGAGGGAUGUGAUCGGCUCGUCCUGGAUGCAGAUGCCUGGGACAAAUUACUGGAAAAUCCCGACGUUGCCUCUCGUCUUGAAAGGCUCAAGCCAGAGACAGAGAGCCCCGUCGAAAAGCCUGACGAUGAUGAGGCCUUGAAGGAAGAUUCGGUAACUGUUGAUGUUCAGCAUCUCUUCGACGAUCUUGAGCUCUUCGCUGAUUUGGAAGGUCUUGAGCUCUUCGUUGAUUUGGAAGAAGCAGCAAUGGACAUCGAUAGUGAUGAUGACAAAUCCAUUUGUUAG